AUGAAGGCCCCCGUCGUUGCAUUCACUGCCUUGAUGGGCCUCGCAUCUGCUAAGGAGGCCGUCGUCAUCAAUAACUGCCCCACGACAAUCUACGUGCAGUCUUUCCCCUACGACGGGAGCGCGGCUGGCCCCCUUACUACUGUUCAAACUGGCCAGUCCUUCUCUGAGGCGUUUCGGGCCUCCGGCUCGACUAUAAAAAUCGCCAAGACCAAGACGCUCAACAGCCCUUUGUUCUUUGGAUACUCAUUCUCCUCAAACCCUGACUACGCUUACUACGAGUACAGCACCGAGUGGGGAAAUCCGUUCGCUGCAAACCACAACACCCUGAGCCCUGGCGAUGGCUGCGAGGUGUUUGAUUGCCAGGCGAACGACGCCGGCUGCUACAGCACCCCUGCCCACAAGAAAGUCUAUGGCUGCCCCCAGCCAGUCGACCUGACUGCCACGCUUUGCAAACAAUAA